AUGACAGAAAGAUUCGCGGCAUGUGCUGCUAUAUCAGCUAAUUUACCGACCGAUAGUAAUACAGAUGUACAACUAACCCAUCAGCCCAUUCCGAUGCUAAUUAUGAACGGCACAAACGAUAAGAUAAAUCCAUACAAUGGCGGAGAAGUGUCAUUUUGGGGCUUUCGAAGUCGUGGUCAAGUACGAUCAUCCUGGUCAACGGCACAGUACUUUGCAGAUCAAUAUGGAUUACAUUCUCUACGUGUGUCAUCAAAAUAUCUGAUGAAUAACUGUCAGUCGACAACGUGGAAUGACGAUGGUAAUAAAUCGAAAAUCGUCUUAUGGACAGUACAUAAGGGUGGACAUGUGAUUCCACAACCGAAUUAUAGAGCACCGCGUAUUUUAGGCUUGACAGACACGAAAUUUAAGGGAUCAAAAGAAAUAUGGCAGUUUUUUCAAUCACAGUUCGAAAAAUAA